AUGGUCGAAACGGAAGAGAAGAUGCUAGCGCCGCGUCCAGUAAGAUGGAGUGUGCAUAGGGGGUACACAUGGGCCGGGCUGGAGAAGGUGACGCAGGAUGAGAGCGUGGAAAGGGAGGCAAAAGAACUUAAUAUCUGGAUAACGCCUGAGGUGCUGCCUGGGUUCGGAGAGUUCAUGUUUACGUUGUAUGAGACGCUGUCGGCUACGGCGCUUUUGAUCCUCGAGGCGUGGGCUCUUGGGCUGGGAUUGUCAGAUCCAGGCAAGCUUUUAAAGUUGCAUUCCGGGAUGAACAAUCAAUUGAGAUUGUUACAUUAUCCGCCUAUUGCGGCAAGGGAGCUGGAGGAAGGGAGUAGUGCAAGAAUGGAGGAGCAGUCUGACUGGGGAUCGAUUACGCUGUUGUUCCAGGACGCGUGUGGUGGAUUGGAGGUCCAGGUGAAGGAUGGGGAACUACCUCAAGUCCACGAUGCACCGAGUGGUACUUCCGCGGCGCCAUUGAAUAACCUCUUCACCGGACCCGAGCGUAUGACCCGAGCCCGGUACGCGAUUCCGUACUUCGUUGCUACUGGCGAGAAUACUUUGGUGGAGGUAUUCAAGGGGAGCACCAACGUGGAGAAUCCGGCCAAGCAUGAGGCCGUGACACAGAAGGAAUACGCUGCAAAGAGAGCAAGGCUGCAGUGA